AUGGAUAGAAGGCAAGAUGAAGAAGAGAAUAUGGCUGCUGUUUAUGAAGCCUCACUGAAUGGGUGUGUAAUCACCCUGAAAAGAUUGAUCCAAAGGGAUCCACUCAUCCUUAAUAAAGUUUCACUCACAUCCUUAAGUGAGACCCCUUUACACAUAGCAGCUUUGCUUGGCCACCUUGAAUUUUGUAAAGUUCUUGUCAGCAAGAACCCUAAACUUGUAGAAGAGGCAGACUCGCUGGGACGAACCCCACUUCACUUGGCUUCUGCAGAGGGAUACACUGACCUGGUACAAGCAUUCUUGCAAGCAAAUGCAGAUGUUUGCUUAGUUCGUGAUCAAGAUGGGAGAAUUCCUCUCCAUUUAGCAGCAAUGAGAGGACGAAUAGAGAUCAUAGAAGAGUUAAUUAUUACUCGACAAGAGUCCAUCCGAGUGAAUCUCGAUGGAGACAGUGUUUUGCACUUGUGUGUUCGAUAUAAUCAUCUGGAUGCUCUAAAAUUGUUAGUGGUAUUAGCUAAUUGUGAAGAAUUAUUCCUCAACUCCAAAGACCACGAUGGAAACUCCAUAUUGCAUUUAGCUGUGAUCCUCAAGCAAAUGAAGGCCGUAAAAUACUUACUUUCAGUACCAGAAAUAAAAACAGAGGCUAAUGCCAUGAACAAGAUUGGUUACACAGCUUUGGAUGUCUUAGACGUCUGUCCAAGAGAUUUUAAAUGUUUUGAAAUCCAAAACAUUCUAAAAGAAGCCGGUGUCAGAAGAUCAACUGAUCUAAAUUCUUCCCUACCAACGACACCAACUGCUGAUGAAGCACAACCAACUCAAUCCGGAAAGCUAGCUCGAUCAAGGUUUAGGAGAUUGUGGGAGUGCGUUUAUUCGUUCUUAGUUAAACACUGGACGCACCAGGGAAAUUGGAUGGAAGAAACACGUGGCACAUUGAUGGUAGUAGCCACUGUAAUUGCAACCACGGCUUUCCAAGCUGGGAUCAGCCCACCAGGUGGCGUUUGGCAACAAAAUACAACCAACUCCACGGAUGGUUUCUAUUGUACGCAAGAUAAUAUAUGUGAAGGCGGCACAGCAGUUUUAUCUUAUUCCUAUCCAGACGACUACCUAUUGUUCUUAUAUUUCAAUACCACCUCUUUCUUUGCAUCUCUAUGCGUCAUACUUUUGGUCAUUACUGGAUAUCCUCUUAGGAGCAAGUUCUUUAUAUGGCUUUUGACGUUAGCCAUGACUAUCUCAGUCGCGUUCAUGACAUUUACCUAUAUAAAAGCAGUGAUUAUGGUGACCCCAAAUCAUCUUCUUGAUAAAGUUAGCUCAUUGGCCCUAAAAUUAGUAGAUAUUUGGAUGGGAAUCGUUUUGAUUGCUGGGGUAAUUCACAUAAUUCGGCUACUCUAUUGGAUAGCGAAGAAGUUGAUUCGCAUAAUUCACCUACUCCAUUGGAUGGCGAAGAAGUUGUGUAAUUUCAUACACAAGUCAACAAGGGGUCCAACCGAAGACCAGGCUAAAGUCUAA